AUAUAUAUAUAUAUAUAUAUAUAUAUAUAUAUAUAUAUAUGUAUGUAUUACAAAUCCAUUUCUUCAAGACGCCCUCGCUUCGAUCUUUCUAUUUUUCACUCUUAGCAACUACUUUCUUCCGUUUUUAUUCGUUAAUCGCAAACUAUGAGCCGACACCCUUCAUUAAAAUGGGCCCAGAGGUCUGAUAAGGUCUUCAUAACCAUUGACUUGCCAGAUGCCCAGGAUGUGAAACUAAAACUGGAGCCUGAAGGGAAAUUUGUCUUUUCUGCUACCAGUGGAUCAGAUAAGAUACCCUAUGAAGUUGACCUUGAUCUGUUUGACAGUGUUGAUGUUAAUGAAAGCAAGGCUAGUGUUGGUUCGAGAAAUAUCUGUUAUCUUGUCAAAAAGUUAGAGAACAAAUGGUGGAGCCGAUUGAUAAAACAAGGGGGGAAACCGCCUGUGUUUCUGAAAGUUGAUUGGGAUAAGUGGGUUGAUGAGGAUGAGGAAUUAGAUGAAAAACGUGUGGUUGAUGAGGAUGAGGAAUUAGAUGAAAAACCAGCUGGAGCUGAUAUGGACUUUGGUGAUUUUGACUUUUCUAAAAUGAACAUGGGUAACAUGGGUGGUGCUGAUCUUGAUGCUGCUGGUUAUGAUGAAAAUGAUGAUAGCGACACAGAAGAUGAGAAUGCGGAGGAAGCAUCACCGGCUGACACCAAGGAAGAAGCAUCAACAUCGGUUGAGGCUGACGCCAAGAAAGCUUGAAGCUUUAAAAUCUGGAUGUGUUUUGAACACUUUUAGGCAGCCCUUUCAUUCUACAUCAAAUGUUGGACAAGCAUAUCUUAUGAAAAAUUGUUAUGCCCGUCUAAUCCUUUUUAUUAUUUUCAAGUUUCACUGAAAAUUUUUGCUCUUCUUAGAGUUGGAUUGGAUUGGUUUUGGGAAAUAGAAUAUCAACAGUGGUUACACCAA